CUGUUGAUGUGUAUUCCGGAAGUCUCGAGACUCUCAAAUCGCCUUAUGGUUGUUGAGACAUGAACGGUUUUUCUACGUCGGUGGGAAUUUGUUUGUGGAAACGCAACUCACACACACGCGAAGAAGCAAACGCCGCGGAUUAUUGUCAUCGAUUGUAAUUUUCCAAGAAAAAAAAGACGCAAGACUUUUGUGUCAUUUAAGAAACACUCUUCUUACCCUCCCGGUUCUGUGACGGAGGGUAACCUCAUCCUCUGACAGCAGUAUCUUCUCAUCUGGUCGACCUAAGGAGGAAAAGACGCAACAAUGCCAAAACCGAUUAACGUUCGUGUGACCACCAUGGAUGCAGAGCUGGAGUUUGCCAUUCAGCCAAACACCACUGGAAAACAGCUUUUCGAUCAGGUGGUGAAGACGGUGGGGCUACGGGAGGUCUGGUUUUUCGGCCUCCAGUACGUGGAUAGUAAGGGCUACUUCACUUGGCUCAAACUUAACAAAAAGGUGACCCAGCAAGAUGUGAAGAAAGAGAACCCGCUACAGUUUAAAUUUCGAGGCAAAUUCUUCCCUGAGGAUGUUUCGGAGGAGCUCAUCCAGGAGAUCACCCAAAGGCUCUUCUUCCUUCAGGUGAAAGAGGCCAUCCUCAACGACGACAACUAUUGUCCCCCGGAAACUGCGGUGUUGCUCGGCUCUUAUGCUGUACAGGCCAAAUAUGGAGACUACACCAAAGAUGUCCACAAGCCUGGAUAUCUCACACACGACAGACUACUGCCUCAGAGAGUGCUGGAGCAGCACAAGCUUACCAAAGAGCAGUGGGAGGACAGGAUCCAGACUUGGCACGAGGAACACAAAGGAAUGCUCAGAGAGGACUCAAUGAUGGAGUAUUUGAAAAUAGCCCAGGACCUGGAGAUGUACGGCGUCAACUACUUUGAAAUCCGAAACAAGAAGGGCACGCAGCUCUGGCUGGGCGUCGACGCGCUCGGCCUUAACAUCUACGAGCACGAAGACAAGUUGACGCCAAAGAUUGGCUUCCCCUGGAGCGAGAUUCGAAACAUCUCUUUUAACGACAAGAAGUUUGUGAUCAAACCCAUUGACAAGAAAGCACCCGACUUUGUGUUCUACACGCCGCGACUGCGCAUCAACAAGCGCAUCUUGGCCCUGUGCAUGGGUAACCACGAGCUGUACAUGAGGAGGAGGAAGCCCGACACCAUCGAGGUGCAGCAGAUGAAGGCUCAGGCUCGCGAGGAGAAGCAUCACAAGCAGAUGGAGAGAGCCCAGCUGGAGAACGAGAAGAAGAAGCGAGAGGCCGCGGAGAAGGAGAAGGAAAGGAUCUUGCGUGAGAAAGGCGAACUCAUGGAGAGGCUGCGACAGAUUGAGGAGCAGACCACAAGAGCUCAAAAAGAGCUUGAGCAGCAGACACGGCGAGCAGUGGAGCUGGAGCUCGAACGAAUUAACGCGCGAGAGGAAGCCGAGAGGUUGGACAGGGAGAGACGAGCGGCGGAGGAGGCCAAAGGCGAGCUGGCCAAACAGGCUGCAGACCAGCAGAAGAACCAGGAGCAACUGGUUUGUGUCUUGGCUGCGGAGCUGGCUGAGUUCACAGCCAAGAUCGCACUUCUGGAAGACGCCAAGAAGAAGAAAGAGGAUGAGGCCAGCGAAUGGCAACACAAGGCCCUUUCAGCCCAGGAGGACCUAGAUAAGACCAAAGAGGAGCUGAAGGCAGCCAUAACCACGGUGCCGCCUCCCGUGAGUGGCGGCCACGCAGUAAGCGAGCACGACGAGCAGGACGAGAACCACGCCGAGGCCAGCGCCGAGCUGUCCAACGACGGCGUCUGCCAGCUGGAUCUGCGCAGCGAGGAGGCUCGCGUCACCGAGGCUCAGAAGAACGAACGGGUCAAGCAGCAACUCCAGACUUUAAGCUCCGAGUUGGCCGAAGCCAGAGACGAAACCAAGAAGACCCAGAACGACGUCCUGCACUCUGAAAAUGUCAAGGCGGGCCGGGACAAGUACAAGACGCUGCGUCAGAUCCGGCAGGGCAACACCAAACAGCGCAUCGAUGAGUUUGAGUCCAUGUGAGGAGGAGAAGAAGACCCAAGAUGGCCGCACGCUUUUCUCAUGGACGUAUACGAUGUAGCCCCCAUGCACAUCCCCUCCGGUACCCCCCCCCCCUCAACAAACGUUGAUCUUGUCAGUCUGCCAAAGUUGCUCCUUGUGGGAUGCUUAGCAUGUGUGGGAGAAGAAACGUAACGGGUUCUUUUCGCACCAGUCCCUAAAAUUCUACACGUCUCGUCUUUGAUUCCACGUCUUUGUUCUUCCGCGAGUUCUGUCGGCGCUGCUUUUGUUUCGUUUCAUUGCUAAAGGCCUUGUUUAUAGUCCAGCGCUGCAGAGGAGAAGCAUCGCAAGCUUUAUAUCGCCGUUGGUAUUUAAUUUAAAAAAUGGUUCCGCGGUAUUUUGUUUGUUGCGUUUCAAACCAGGUUUCUAGAGUUUCACAUUUGAUUGGGAAAGAGCCACACUAUGUCCGUUUCGAGUGUCGGACGGAUGAAUGUAGCAAAGGUGUCAAAGGGAAAGUGUUCAGCUUGAAGGUCAGAUCGUUGCAUCUCAGCUCCGAAAGGUGUCCCAAGUGGCGGUCAAUGAAAAUGCAGAACGCGAGGCCUGGGGAACGCAGUCUCGGUUUGAUGACGGCGACCCAUCCCGCAAAUAUAGAGGUGGACAAGCCGUAAUAUGCAACAUUAGCAAAGGACUGGCUGUAGAUCCUGAUGUAUGCUAAAGUGGGUACCUGUUACUUCAGGAAGUUUUAAACUUUCUAUAUGAUUUCUUUCAAGCUGUUUGUUGUCCUUUCUGCUGUCGAAAUGAAGUCCUUUUUUUUUUUAUUAACUGCGGCAUUGUAGUUCUGCAUUGUUGUCAACACAAUACUAGUUUGUUACGCUAUACUUGACAGCUGGUGCAGAUUGAGUUUUUUCGUUUGUUUGCUUCAAGUUGAGGUGUUUUUAAAAGCACUCGACCUGCCCUUUGUGUUCAAAGUGUUUGCCAUAGCAGGAAAAAAAAAUAGCAUCUGCUUCCAGGACCAUUUAUUUUGAGUUGCAUUCACAAAGCCUAAAGCUGCCAGUCGUUUUCAUGGGAGCGGUGGCACUUUUCUAGUUGACUUGAGUAACUUUCAUGUUAUUGGCCUGUUUAACUAAGCCAGCUUGUGGAUGAUGUACUGGCACCAGCGCCGUUCUUUUUGUUAUUCAUUUCACAGCCAGUCUGUUAGCAUUAUUUGAUAUAUGGGAUGCAAAAGUUUGUGUUGGAUAACCAAUAAAAUGUUUUAAAUUUG